AUGUUCCCCACCAUAGUCUCAGGAAGAGUACCGGCUGGAGCAGAGGAAGUCGGUGGGAUUCUCGCGCCCCUCGUCCCCGCUGAGCCCCGCGAUGACAUCACAACAAGCCCAGCUCCCCAACGGCGGCAUCCCCCCCCCCGCUGGCCCGGAGCUCCUCUGCCCAGCACGCUCCGCCUGCCUUCCACGCCCAUCAGCGGGGCCACCUCCGGAGCCCUGGGCUACCGGGCCGUGGUCCGGCGGCCGGCCUGCCCCAGCGUGGCCCGCCCCAGCGGGGAGGCGUCCAGCCGGAAAGCCCCCGCCUCCUCCAGCUCGUCCCGGCGGGACCGGGGCCUGGAGCCCUGGCCGGAGGAGGCGGAGGACCACGCCCACGGCCUGUACUCGCUCCACCGCAUGUUCGACAUCGUGGGCGCUCAGCUCACGCACCGGGACGUGCGCGUGCUCUCCUUCCUGUUUGUGGACGUGAUCGACGAGUACGAGCGGGGGGGCAUCCGCAGCGGGAGGGACUUCCUGCUGGCCCUGGAGCGCCAGGGCCGCUGCGACGAGACCAACUUCCGACACGUCCUCCAGCUCCUGAGGAUUAUCACCCGCCAUGACCUGUUGCCUUACGUCACCCUCAGGAGACGGCACGCCGAUCCCGUGGACAAGUACCUGGAGGAAACCUCCGUGCGUUACAUUUCACCCAGAGGAACAGAGCAGCGGAAGGACACCGUGCCUCACAGAAGAACAGGUUCGCAGCCCGUCAUUUGUUGCCCCCCGUCGGGACCCCACGUCGGCUCGCCUCGAACGAAGCCCGCCCCCCCCGCCCCGCACCGCAAACGGAAGAGGAGUCACUCCUCGGCCGACUGCAGGGAGAAGCAGACCUGUGACAUCCGCCUGCGGGUGCGUGCAGAGUACUGCCAGCAUGAGUCGGCGCUCCAGGGCAACGUCUUCUCCAACAAGCAGGAGGCCGUGGAGCGGCAGUUUGAGCGCUUCAACCAGGCCAACACCAUCCUGAAGUCCCGAGACCUGGGCUCCAUCAUCUGCGACAUCAAGUUCUCGGAGCUCACUUACCUGGACGCCUUCUGGAGGGACUACAUCAACGGGUCCCUGCUGGAGGCCCUCAAAGGGGUCUUCAUCACGGACUCCUUAAAACAGGCCGUGGGCCACGAGGCCAUCAAACUCUUGGUCAACGUGGACGAGGAGGACUACCAGGCCGGCCGCCGCAAACUGCUGCGCAACCUGGUGACGGGGGGGGGGAGCCCUCCGCUGGCUAACCGGGAUGCUGUGUCCUAGACGCAGGGGGGGGGGGGGGGGGCCACACCGCCGGGCUUCCCAGAACACAGGAGCGGAGAGGGCGCGGCGUGUUGUUUAAGGUGCGUGUCUGAAGGACCUGAGCGACUUCCAGCCAUCCCAUUAGUUCCUACAGAGCUGAUCUCAUAGGAUUACGAAGCGGCACCCCUGAACAUAGCAUGCAAGAAGACGUGGAACUAAGCUAAGACAAACAUUUAGGAAAAUGCAUACUGACAUUACUUUCAAUGUUGAUCGGCUCAUUUUUCUGUGAGGAUGUGACCGCUGAUCAUGUGUGCAUUGAAACUUACACACUUCUCGUUUGUUGUAUGUUAGCGCAUUAAAAUGCCUCUUUUUUUUAAAAACUUUGUUAAUACCCUUCACUUCUACUCUAAUGUGAAGUUCUCUUCAAUGCAGGUAACACGCUCAACGUUAACAAGUUGCUCCCAGUGGGAGUUGGUCCGUUCUGUGAAAACUAGCUCAUCUUUAUCCCAAAUUGCACCUUAAUUGGAUUUCCCAGUUAGAGUGUUGUGUAACCAGUGGCAGGCGAGGAAGCCGAUCUACGACUCUUUUCCAGCGAAGCCUCUUGUCUCGGCUUCCUGUAGGAAAUUUCUGCCUUGAGAAUCAAACGGGAUUCUACCUUCAUUUGAAAUUUCAGUCACUGCCAGUAUUUAGAGAGGAUGUUUUCUGGAUCGUUCUAAUGUCUGUGAUUGAAUCCGUGGAAGGAUGGACUGUUCCUGGUGUAUAAAUUCCACUCCACUGCUGUAGACUGGUCUUGAUUUGAGUUUGCGUGACACUGUGGGCCUAUCCUUCACCUCUCCCGUCAAUCUGUUUUUUAUUUCCAUUUGAAGUAACACUCAUCCAAUAAACGGCAGAGAAAUCAGCCCUCCUGUGCAGUGACGUUUCUAGGGGGACGGCAGGACGCCUGGACAGAUCCACUUAGAUCCUCAGAACUCACGUGUUGGUAUUUCGACAGAUGUGUACUCUCAUCUUUGUGAUGCCUCGUCUAUGAACCCUUGUGGUGAUUUUAACUGACGCCCAUCUCGCUCCCAAUCCAAAGCUUUCCGAUUACAAAUGUUGGAGAAAUGACUAUUUAUUGACUGAAAGCGCAGGGUGUCUGGUUUACUUCCUUUCUUUUUUUAGGUGCAGAGCAGAGGGAUUUUCUUUAUUUUGGAUCAAAUCCACAAAAACGGUACUAUAAGUCCAGCACUUGUCCUGACCGAAAGCGACCGGGUCAAAGCUCUGAAUGGCGUUGUAGCAUCUUUCAGAUACUUCCUCUCCAUCCAGAAAGCGUCUGCGCAUUGUGUGUGAAGAGGCACCGGUUUACUCAGACUGAGGAGGAGACGCUUGGAUCGGUUCUGGGUUGAUCAAAGUUUGUUUAAUUCCACUGCCACCAUCAGUCAGGCUGCGUCGAAAUAAAGAGAGAACAAACACGUGCCAGGUGUUCCUUAUUUUGCAGGCCAACCCUUUAACCUAAUCUCUCAUUCAGUGUUUUUGAUGUUUUUUCUGC